UUAAGCCGCUGCCGAGGACCUGUGGGGACGUUGUUUUGCACGCUGCCUGCUUCCAGCCCUGCCCAGGAGGAGAUGGCCACGGAGCAGCCCGCGGAGCCCACUGAGGAGCAGUUGGAGAUCCUGGAGCACAACUUCUGCAAGGUGGACAAGCACCCCGAUGCCACCACACUGUGCCUCAUCGCAGCCGAGACGGGGCUCUCCGAGGAGCAGACCCGGAAAUGGUUCAAGCAGCGCCUGUCCGAGUGGCGGAAGUCUGAGGGGCUGCCCUCGGAGAGUGGGUCCGUCAGGGACUAGGGGAGCUGCCCAUCCCCGUGCCCACCGACAGCCCUGGGGACCCUGCACAGUGCCACCGUUGCCCUGUUGCCGCAGAUUCUGCCAUGCAAGCCAACACCCCGC